UAAUUGUUUCUAAUGAUGCCUUGCAUAAGAGGAGCGACUUCUACUCAGGAACAACUCUCUAUUCCUUUUCCUCAAUGUUCUGCGCGUCGCCGCAUCCAUCUGUUGCAUACUUUGUUUCUGUCGAAAUUAGUUUGGCUAAUUGUUUGUCGAAUUCACAGGAUCCUGAAGAUAUUGGAAUGUGUGAUCUAUCAUUAUGGUUCUGAAAGAGAUUAGCAAAGAUUCACGGAGAUGGGCUCUGGGCAUUGUGUAUAUAGUUGCAGUUGCAUCAAUAUGGAUUGCUGCUAGUUAUAUUGUUCAGACCGUUGUAGAUGAGGGGGUUUCUCCUUUCUUAUUAACAUACAUUUGUAACUCUUUGUUCGUGGUUUACAUUCCCAUUGUGGGAAUUGCCCGAUAUAUUGAGGGUUCAGUUUGCAAUCUAUUAGCCCGAAAACACAAUGAACCAUCCAUGCAAGCAUCUUGCUAUUCAGAGAAUGCAAAUCUUUUGCUAGAACCUAUCAUCAUAGGUAGUCAUCACAGCGAGGCUAUUGUGUCUGGAACUGACGCAAGGAUUCAAGAUAUAGAAAGAAUUUUAACUGACCAAGCUUGUGAGUUUUCUUCUGGAAACCCAAUUAGUAGUGCAUGCAAGCAAUUGGAUUCGCAAAGGCGUUGGACACAUGCUCAAGUAGCAAAAGUCAGCCUGUUGAUUUGUCCAUUUUGGUUUUUUGCACAACUCACCUUUAAUCUCUCUCUCAAGUAUACCACUGUUACUUCAAACACUAUCUUAAGCAGCACAUCAAGCCUCUUCACCUAUUUGGUAUCUGUUGCAUUCUUGGGAGAAAUAUUUACAUGGUUAAAGUUUUUCAGUGUUCUUCUCUGCAUGGGAGGGACCGUUAUAGUGAGCUUAGCUGAUUUGAGAGUUGGAGUAAAUGCUAUUGCAUAUAAUGCCUUUCUUGGAGAUGCACUUGCACUUGUUUCUGCUGGCCUUUAUGCUGUUUACAUUACUCUCAUUCGGAAAAAGCUACCCGACGAAGAAAAGGGAGAAGGUCAUGCAAGUAUGGCCCAGUUUCUUGGAUAUCUCGGUUUAUUUAAUCUCUUUAUAUUUCUUCCUCUGGCACUUUUUCUAAAUUUCACCAAGAUUGAGCCAUUUCAUAAGCUGACAUGGAGACAUUUAGGCCUCAUUGUUGGAAAAGGUUUGUUGGACAAUGUUCUCAGUGAUUAUUUGUGGGCAAAGGCCAUUUUAUUGACUACAACUACAGUAGCAACAGCUGGUCUGACGAUUCAGGUCCCAAUAGCUGCUAUUGUGGAUUCGAUCACCGGCCAUGCCCCUCACCUGUUGGAUUUAGUUGGAGCUGCUGCCGUCAUACUUGGUUUUGCUGGGAUCAACAUCCCCUGUCAAGAAAUGACGCCAUUCACAAGUAAUGAACGUGAAACUGAGGACAUCUUUGUGUCUGAUCAUAUUGAAGGAACAACUGUUCGCACUGGAUCAGCUGCUUUUUCCUAGUUGAAUGUCAGUGAAUGUCAAAUUAUGGUAUUAGUUAUAUAUAUAUAUAUUAUAUCUAAUUUUUCACUUACCUAAUUUGGGAAAGAAAAAGUUUAUCUUAAUAUAGGGUACAUGUUUUAUCCAGAGACAAGUCCUUAUAGUUAAUAACAUCUUAGUAGAGGCAAUCUCUUAAGAAUAUUUUUCGAUUAAAAGAGUAGCUCAAGUCCCUGUGAGUUUCAACUGUUGGUUUUUUAGAUUGUUAUUUUGGA